AUGGAAGGGCUUCUAGGACGCAGCCAAUUUUUAGGCGAAGCUGUAAAUCUUUUCACCGAUGAGAAAACUGCAAAUGCGCGUAGCAAGGUAGUCGAGUGGCUCAAUGAGGUGCCCAAUGCUGAAUCUGGGGUUAAAUGUGACUUGUUGGUUAAAGUUCAGGAAAUGAUCUUAGGAUCAUGCGUAGAACUGUUGGAAGAGUUUAUGGAACACAUUCUUUCGUUAGCACAUGAUGCUAAUGCGGAUGUUCGCAAACAAGUAGUUUGUUUCAUUGAACAAAUUUGCAAAGUGAAGGUGGAGUCGCUGCCACAAGUAAUAGGCAUUAUUUCGAUGCUCUUACGCGAUCGUUCGCCGCAGGUAAUUAAACGAGUUAUCCAAGCAUGUGGUAGUAUAUAUAAAAACGGACUUCAGUGGAUAUGUGGCAAGAGUGAGAUUUUGGACAGUGCCGAACAAGCUUGGAAUGUACUGAGUUUGGUAAAGGCACAAAUUUUGGAUCUAAUUGACAAUGAGAACGAUGGUAUACGUACCAAUGCAAUUAAAUUUUUAGAAGGUGUUGUAGUGUUGCAGAGCUAUCCAGACGAAGAUAGUCAAAAAAAAGAGAACGACUUUUCACUUCAAGAUGUGCCGGCAAAUUUUAAACUCGUGAAACGGCAAAAAUUGGAAGAAGAAGCAUUAAAUAUAUUUGAUAUAUUAUUAAAAUUUCAUGCAGCCACACAUAUAUCCUCUGUAAAUCUUAUAACUUGCACUGGCAGCCUUUGCACCAUUGCGAAAUUGCGACCAAGCCUCAUGGGACCCGUUGUAGAAGCUUUCAAACAUCUCAACUCAAAUUUGCCACCAACGCUAACGGAUUCACAAGCUAGUUCAGUGAGAAAAAGUUUAAAGAUGCAAUUAAUAGCAUUACUAAAAAAUCGUGGAUCCUUCGAAUACCAUGCAACAAUUCGCCAUAUGCUUUUAGAUUUGGGAGCGUCUCAGGGUGAAAUACAACGCGCUAUACCUAAGAUGGAUAAACAAGAACAAACGCGUCGACAGAAACGCAUAUUAGAGAGUGCAGCGAGUAAUCUCAACAAGAAAAUGCGGUUGGAUUCUAUAAAUAGGCAGCAGGAACGGAGAUCUAAGUCUGGCUUAGACGACGACAGCACAAAGGACACGGAGAUGGAAGUGGAUGAAGAAGAGGUAGAGAAGCAGCGUCAGCGCUGCAUUCGUGUGAAUGAGAAAUUCUUGGCGGAGCAAUUAAGAGUCACGGAUGUGGCUGUUAACCUAGUGGUGGAGUUUUUAUCAAAGUUACCAGAAGAAGCGCCAGAGCAUUUCAUAAAUGAAUAUGCCCCAAUACAGGAUAUGUCUAUACCGCAGCAGGUGGUGAAGAUUUCAAAAGUACUUGGAGAACAAAUGACUGAGCAGAAAAUUGGACCAGGUGCGGCCGCCUUCAGCAAAGAUACGCCAAUGAGGCCAAGAAGGGUGGAAGCCAUGGACACUUCUGAAAGUGAUCAACCGGUAGACGAAGAUCAAGCUCGAAAAGACGAGGCGACAAAAAAACUACGUGAAAAUAUGGAGAGAGUUAAAGGUGAACAAGAACUGAUUGAACGUAUGAAAAUGCGUGCGAAAACCCUAAAAUUACAAGAGGUCACUAAACCAUUUUCACGACCCAUUAAGGAGAAGUUUCUCUUAGAAGCCGUGAAACGCAUUUUACAAUCGGAACGCCAGUGUAUUGUGGGUGGCGUGUCGGCUAAGCGUCGUAAAAUACUUACAGUCAUGGCAGCAACGUUCCCUGAUAAGGUGCGCUAUUUCAUUUUCGACUUUAUAAUGUUAGAUGUGAGACAACGCAUUGAUUUGGCGUUUUCAUGGUUGUAUGAAGAGUAUUGCCUAUUGCAAGGUUUCACCCGUCACUCUUAUGUAAAAUCAGAAAAUCGUCCAGACUAUGCCUACAACGAGUUGUUAAGUCAACUGAUUACAGGUGUUCGCGAAAAUUGUGAAUUGAAAGAAAAAAUUUUGUUGAUUCGACGAAUCUUUCUUGAAGCGCCAUUAUUGCCUGACGAUGCGCUUAAUCAACUGGUUGAGAUGUGUUUUUCCGAAGAGUUUGUCAAUCCUGGUGUAGAUCUAUUGAAAGACUUGACUGUGAUGCGGCCACCACGCAAGAAUAAACUUAUAAGAGUGCUGCUAAUGUUUUGUGUGCAUGAGCGCACGGAUUUACGUGAGCGUGCACUUGAACACAUUGUGGCACUAUACCACAUACACAAAGUACUGCCUAAUCGCAUCGAGGAAUUCGCUUUGGAAUGGGCAAAUAAUUUGGAGAAGGAAGUGCCACCAGCAAGCAUAUUCGCGGAAGAAUUUGGUCGACCUGAGACCGAAGUAGCGUGGAAAGAGGAGACCGCAAGGACGUGUAUGACGUUGUUGCUCACUUUACUGCCGUAUAAACCGAACGUUUUCCUUGAGAAACUUUGCAAAAUCUACACUAGCACCGGUCCGGAUUUGAAACGCACCAUUUUGCGUUCCAUUGAUCCAACCAUAAAGAAAAUGGGGGCUGAAGAUGCCACGUUACUUAAGUUCAUCGAAGAUUGUCCUAAAGGCACUGAAACGCUUAUUAUUCGUAUUAUUCAUUUGCUGACCGAGCGCGUGGCUACACCCAAUCCGGAGCUGGUGAAUCGUGUUCGUGAAUUAUAUGCAAAUAAAAUAAAAGACGUCCGUGUACUCAUACCCGUGCUUAGCGGUCUUUCGCGCCAAGAGAUCUUGAAUGCGAUACCCAAGUUGUUGAAACUGAAUCAAAUUGUCGUCAAGGAGGUUUUUAACCGAUUACUUGGCAUAGGCGCAGAGUUUGCUAACCAAACAAUGUCCGCCACCCCCACUGAUAUACUUGUCGCUUUACACACCAUAGAUCCCAAUGCUUGCGAUUUGAAAGCAGUCGUUAAAGCCACUUCAAUUUGUUUGACUGAGAAGGAAGUUUUCACACAGGAUGUACUGAUUGGCGUGCUGCAACAAUUGGUUGAAGUAGUUCCUAUACCUACGCUGCUUAUGCGAACUAUUAUCCAAAGCAUCACAUUGUACCCACGUUUAACGAAUUUCGUAUUAAAUCUUCUACAACGCUUGAUCUUGAAACAAGUGUGGCGUCAAAAAGUGAUUUGGGAAGGUUUCCUUAAAUGCUGCCAAAGGCUGAAACCGCAAUCUUUGCCUGUAUUGCUACAUUUGCCACAUCAGCAACUUGUGAGUGCGCUGGAUCAAUGCCCCGACUUGAGGCAACCGUUAUUCGAAUAUGCACAGAGCAUUCAAGAGGAACCCAUGAGUGGCAUUACACCUCAAUUGCUAGAUAUUAUUUCCGGAAAGACGGUAGAUGUAUUCAUAGCGGAUGACAGUGGUGGUUAUAUCACUGUCGAUCAAAUCAAAAAAGAAAUAGAGGACCCCUCCGAAAUCGGUGUUAUAUCAACUGUACCUAUUGCACCUGUCCCAGCGCCAGUUCCAGCACCUAUACCAACACUUGGUGGAAUUAGCUCAUCCCUUCAACCAACAUCUGCACAACCGUUACCGCCAGGCGAAGAUUAAAUGACCUUACCAUUCAUAUAAUUCCAAGUGCAUACAUUGCAUAAAAAGAACUUUUUUCUAAUUGAAAAUGAUAAUAGCUUGUAGUCAUAAUAUUGUUGGCUUAUAAUAUAAACAAAUAUUUUGUGUCCUUUCCUUAAACGGAUACCUCUGCAACCA